AUGGGAGGUCGGAUUUUUGUUGUGUCUUGGAUAUUAAGCAGCACUAUAUGUUUAGCUCAGUUCUUUUUCUACCUUACUGAACUGUAUACAGAAAGGAGGCAGAAAUCCUUCUUGGAUUGGGUUCUUACCAGGAAGCUUACACAUGCUGACAUUCAGGCAGCUGAUCUUGAUGAUGAUAACGUCGUAAGUGCUGCAGAGUUUGUUAUAAUGAAGCUAAAAGAGAUGGAGAAGAUCACUGCCGAGGAUGUCACUAUGUUGAUGGAGUGCUUCAGGAAUUUAGAUGCGGAUGAUUCAAGAACAUUGACAGCAGCCGACAUAGUAAACACAGAAUAA